CGUCAUCGCGUGUUGCGUUCAUUUGCGUUGUUUGUAAACUUCUUCGGGAGCGGACGUUGCUAGGUUUUUAGCUAGCCGUUUUUUGAUUAAAGUAAUGGAUUAAAUCGCCUAAUAACCAAAUACAAAUGGCAACAUAAUUUGGUAGUUUAAGUCGUUAGUUGUCACAUGUCAGCGCGCCAGUGGGGCGUUUAAUCUAGUGUGUUUUCACGUUGGUGACAGCGGGGUGCUAACGGUGUUAGCUGGCAAACGUUAGCAACAACUUCGUAAUUUCGAUCAACAAUCAUGAUGGCGUCUGGUUACAACGCCAAAGACGAGGAUGGACAUAUCACCGUGUCCGGGCCUGGUGGCGGGACCCUGCCGAGCAGGAAGCCCGAAAACACUGCGUUUAAACAACAGAGACUGCCCGCUUGGCAGCCCAUCCUCACCGCGGGCACCGUGCUCCCUGCCUUCUUCAUCAUCGGACUCAUAUUCAUCCCCAUCGGCAUCGGCUUGUAUGUAACGUCCAACAACAUCAAGGAGUUUGAGGUUGAUUACACAGGAGUUGACAUGUUCAGUCCCUGCUUCAACUGCUCCCAGAACUUCAGCUGGAACAGCACAAGGCCUUGCACCUGCACAAUACCCUUCUACCUGGAGCAGCCAUAUGAAAGCAACGUGUUCAUGUAUUACGGCCUCUCCAACUUCUACCAAAAUCACCGCCGCUACGUCAAGUCAAGAGAUGACAGCCAGCUGAAUGGAGACAUUAAUUCCCUCAUGGAACCCAGUAAGGAGUGUGAGCCAUACGCUAAACAUGAAAACAAGCCAAUCGCACCGUGUGGGGCCAUCGCCAACAGCAUGUUCAAUGACACAUUGGAGCUUUUUUACAACGACCCCAACGGCACAAAGGUCCAGAUUAUUCUGACGACUACAGGUAUCGCCUGGUGGACCGACAAGCAUGUGAAGUUCAAGAACCCUGGACUCAACAACCCAAACCUCACAGCCGUUUUCCAAGGUACAACGAAGCCGGUGAACUGGCGCAGGCCUGUCUACGAGCUGGACACUGAUCCAAACAACAACGGCUUUAUCAACGAGGACUUUAUUGUGUGGAUGAGAACCGCUGCCCUGCCGACCUUCCGCAAACUCUACCGCAUCAUCAAUAAGUCAAACAACAACAUGGUUCCAACUCUGCCCCGAGGAAACUACACUCUGGAGGUCGGCUACAAUUAUCCUGUUCGCAGCUUCGACGGCAGGAAGCGGAUGAUCCUGAGCACCAUCUCCUGGAUGGGAGGCAAGAACCCGUUCCUGGGCAUCGCGUACAUCACCGUGGGCUCAGUCUGCUUCUUCCUGGGCGUCGUCCUGCUGAUCAUCCACCACAAAUGCGGCAACCGCAACAACAGCGCCGACAUUUCUAACUGAGACGCCAACCGCCCUCCAGCUCAUCUCUACUGCAGUGAACAGUGAUCCUGUGACACAUCUGUCAGGGUAGACUUUCAUCCAGAGGCCAGACUGGUAGAUACAUUUAAAAAUGUAAUAUCCACAUUAACUUCUUCAGCAGUCAAACAUGGGUUUUAGGGUUUCAAAUCGCUUGACGGUGGCUGAUUAUUUGCCAAAGUGAAUGAAAACGUAGCCAAAAAUUUACAGCCACAGUCAACGUUUAACGUUUUGACAGCAGCGUGUCAGACUGAUGUGUCACAAGAUCAACUGCCUUUAGACUCAGAAAGGUUACUCAGAGUUCCUAUUCAGGUGUGGAAAAGUAAUGGAGAUUUAAUAAAGUGAGUUUCAUGUCUAAAAUAGUUUGGGGAUCUGCCAACAACUCUGUAAAAUGGCUGCAGUACUUUGCUGGGACACAGAAGCCAUGUCCUCUGCGUUGUUUCUGGAAAUUUGGAGGUUUUUUGGAGGAGUUUACAGUUACAGUCUGCAGUCAAACACAAAUUACACGUUAGUCUUAAUACAACACUCUCAUGCCAUAUGUACAUUGAAAGAGUAAUUGUUCGCUUAAAUCAUUCCUCCUCUUCAUCCUGACUGUGACGCGAUACCGUCUGUACAAUAAUGUAUUCUAAAGUUCAGCUGAAGUGAAUAUUUUCUGGGCAGAAAUACCCUGAAUUUUCUGCUUCCAGCUUCUCACGUGUGAAUAUUUGCUGGUUUUCUUUGUCUUCGAUGAUUUUAAAUUGAAUAUCUUUGGAUUUUGGAUUGUUGCUCAGACCAUACAGUCACCUUGGGCUCUGGGAAGUUGUGAUGGACGUUUCUUUUACUCUUUUCUGACAUUUAUGGACCAAACGAUUAAUCAAGAAAAUGAUCCAUCAGAUUAAUCGAUAAUUAAAUUAUUCAUUAGCUGCCCUAGUUGCCCUUGUUGCUCCACAAAAAGGAAUCACUUCACUGCAAAGCAAGGACAGGAGGGAUGGUUACAGCAAACAACAACUCUUUCAACAUACGUGUAGCAUGUGAAUAGUGUAUUACGACAGACUUGACAAAAUCCAAACCUGGCCUUAAAGGCUGAUUUUGAAUUUCACUGCUUUUAAGCCACAGAAAAAACAAAAUGAAUAAAUGUAUUUAAUAUUUCUCCACCAGAAUCAUAUGCUGGCAUUACAGAGAAGACACUGAAUUAGCAUUUAGCCCGUUAAUUUGACCUUCUGGGGUAAAAUUCAGUGAACAUAUCGCCCGAUUUCUAUCAGCUGCAUCAUAUGAAAGCCCAACUAGAAUCCUCAAAUCCUGGUUAAAAAAAAUAAAAAAUCGGGUAACUCUCCGGACCCCUGUAGGAUCUCUAAGCUCCAUGCUGGUGCAGUUAAGGUGAGCUGGAGUGUUGUUAAGUCCUGAGUUGCAUGCUGGUUAGCAGAGAUGUUAAUGUGAUUAUCGAGCUGCUCGAGCGGCUCGUCUUUGUGCCUCGUUUCGUCUGUGACAUCAGCCCACUUUCAAACUAAAAUCAUGCUUUUACUGAGUGGUAGUUCUACGUCAGAGGGAACACGAAAUCUUUGGAGUUUUGGAGCUGUACAAUUUAAUGUUUAAUUUUUUAUAUUUAUUUUAGAGUUUUAAGAAAUGUUUGCAUUGGAAAGCCAGUAUUUGCACGCCAGAGCUCAGGGGUUUUGAGUCUAAAGUGGGUUUAAAGGUUGCUGCCUUGAUUUGUGGAACUAGAAGUCGUGAGUGUGUGAAUCUAAUCCAGAAAAAUAUACACUGACACUGGUGUCGUAGCUUAAUUCAUUGUCGUUUACAUGCAAUAAUAAUAGAUUACAGCAUGAUAAAACAGUAACGCGGAAUGAUUCAAUACAUGUGAUUAAAUGUUUGUGUUUGUCACUCAACAUUUACACUACUGAGAGUGAAUCUAAUGCACACAAGUAGUUUUACACCCAAGUCCUGCCGUCUUCUUUAGGAGCUGAGAUUACGCAUUAUUAAAAUACAUGCUGCAUGUGGGAAUUUUGCUGGGUAAAAAUAUAUAUUUUCUUUUAUUACAUUUCAUCAAGAUAAAUUGUUACCUGCAACUAUGAGAAGCACUAGAUUUGGCAUUUCUUUUGAUACUCCAUCUGUGUUGUAUUGUUGCUUUAAAAGAAUAAAUUGGUCAUUUAAAUUAAA